AUGUCCGCCAGAGAUAUAUUAGAUGUAUUGAAUGUUCAACGAGAUGAGCUGCCGGGGUUACCUUCCAAAAAGAGAAAGAAGCUUAACAGCGACAGUCCGAUGCCUCGGCAAACGGGGAUGGCCAGAGAACUCUAUAACCUCUUAGGACCCAACACACCACCAGUACAUCUUGGUGGAGUUAGCGGUGGAGGAGGAGGGCUCGGCGGACUUAAGGAUAAGAUGAAUUUGAAGCCUUCACCAUGGACCCGAUUAGAGUUCAAUCCACAACAAGGUAACGAUAGUAAAGGAAUCAAAUUGUACCAUUGGGUGAAAGGAUCACGUGAGUUGCUUGAACAGGAACAGGCCACUAAAGAGUAUUUGUUUGCAAAGUUCAAUACUGGAGUUGAAAUCCCGGAGCUUGUUGGUGAAGAGUUGUAUGAGCAAUAUAUGCAAGAGUUUGAGGAGAAGGAGGAGGAGGAGAUAGUUCAGGCCCGGUUAGAAGCGGAAGCUAGACGGAAGAAGGAGGAAGAAAGACGGAAGGAAAGAGCCAAGAAUGAAGAGAAGAAACAAGCAAAGGAACAAGACAAGGACCAAAGUAAAGAUGAACAAGACAAGGACCAAAGUAAAGAUGAACAAAGUAAAGGGGAACAAAUUAAUGAUAAAAAUAUUGAAGUUUCAAUAGAUGAUGCCGGUGCCGGCGCCGAUGCCGAUGCCGAUGCCGAAGUCGAUACCGAUACCGGUGCUGCUGAUAACACCGGUGGUAUAGUGACAGUUGCUAGUACUUGGACUUAUGAAGAAACCAAGUAUUUAUGGGAUCUUUGUAAGGCAUUCGAAUUGAAAUGGCCCAUUAUCCACGAUAGAUAUACCUAUGAUCUUGGUAGAACUCAAGAGGACUUAAAGGAACAGUUUUAUCGUCUUAGCGCCAAAGCAUUGGACUCUCAUGAUGCUCAAAGUAAAGCUCUUAUCGAUGGAUUAGAACUGUACUCCAAGUCGAAGGAGACAGAAAGAAAGCAAUAUUUGGAGAACUUAUUAAAGAGAACGCCUGCUGAAAUAGCAGAGGAAGAAUCUCUUGUAAUUGAAGCAAGAAGGUUUGAACUUGCAGCUAAGAAGAUGUUGAUUGAAAGAUCCCAUUUGUUGACGUUAUUGGAUUCUCCACAGUCUUCUCAAUCCAUACUGCAAUACAAUUCCUCUCAAGGAUUGGCUACUCUUUAUAAUAAUUUGAUGAUAAUGGACAAGAACCAAAAGAAGAAACAGGGUCAAUUGCAGAAGGUUCAGAACUCCAAUUUCGAUCCUGUACCCCCAGCUAUUCCUGUUGCAGCUUCUUCGUCUUUCAAGAAGGAAAGAGUGUUCCAAACUCCCUUACAACAGCAUUUGGCUGGAGUCUUGAAGUCCAACCAAAGCAACAACAUCAAGCUGGAAACCAAUUCUAUCCAACAGUUAUUAAUGAAACGUUUGACCCAGAAAGAGGAAGAAGCCUAUGGCUUGCACUAUCAUUCCAACGAGAAACUUAAUCCUGGAGUCUUGUUGAGAUCAGCUCAAAAAUUACCAGGCUUGCAACAAAGACAGUCUGUUUUAAAGUCUGUUAGCACCCUUCUUCAGGAGUUAGAUGUCCCCACUGGUGGUGGAACCAGUUGGAAGCCUGUGAUGCCCACCAGAAAGACCAUGGCCAAAUACGACGAACUUAUUCGGUCGGUGGUGGCUCUACUUGAGAUGAAAAAGGGUAAGGACCGCCUCGAAGCGGAGAUAAGGUUGAUUAAGAGCCAAAAAGGUUUAGAAUAA